AAGUAUCGAAGCAGCUGAUUGGCCCCGUUGGGCUGAUAGGUAUGCACUUGUAGGCAUCAUGGCAGAGCAGGUGGUUCAGUCUUUGUUCUCCCAGCACCAGUUCAUGUGCUCAGAGUGUGGGCUUCUCUACAGCACUUUGGAGGGGGUGCUGAUCCACCAGCAGAGCCAUCUAGGGGAGCCCUAUGAACCUACUGCUGCUGCGACUGUUGUGGACACGGGGCCCCAGCAGGACAACUGCUAUCACUGCCUGGAGUGUGGAUGUGUCCUUCGGUCACCUGAUGAACUGUUAGCCCACCAGGAAGUGCACCCCAGGGAGGUGCCGACUCGGCCUCAACCUCCACCAACCACCGCCAGACAGAUCCGCUACCAAUGCAAUGAGUGCAAUGAACUCUUUCCUUCUACUAGCCUGUGGCUGGCACACCACCAGACACACCAGAAACAAGAGGCUUUGGCUGACUCUCACCUAUCAAAUCCACCACCUUCCCAGCCGGCUUCCUCACCUCCAUCCCAAUCAUCUGUUCCACAAGCCUCCCACUCCGCUUUCCCACCUCCUGUGCAGCUGUUACUACCAUCAUCUCCCCAGCCAGUUCCACCUAUGCAUCCCUAUGAGUGCUCAGAGUGUGCCUGUCUUUUCCUAACACCUGAGGAGCUGCUGGAGCACCAGAGUGAACACUUUAAUGAGACUGAGAAAGUGAGCGGGGAGCAGCCUGAGGUGACAACACAGGAGACUUACAGUCCUCGUGUGUCCCCACUGCCAUGCCCUGAGGAACCUCCAGCAGUGCCUCCAUCUGCUCAGGUCUUCUGCUGUACUGAGUGCAAGCAGGCCUUUGGUACAGUGGAGGCACUGCAGCAGCACCAGCAGGAGCACAUGGGGGGCAGUGAGGAGUUUCUGUGUGGCGAGUGCCAGCGUGGUUUCACAACAGCCAAGCGUUUGGUGGCUCACCAGCGGGUACACUUGGAUCGGACAAACGAAUGUCCAAAUUGCAACAAGAUCUUCAAGAAUGCGACUUCUUUUGAACAGCACAUGCGCAUCCAUAAAGGCGAAGCCCUCUACCUAUGUGUGGACUGUGGUCUUGGGUUUUCUACAGAGAUGACCUUGAUCAUGCACCGUAAGAGCCACACUGCCAACCCUCUGCAUCGCUGCCACUGUGGCAAGACUUUCAGCAACAUGACCAAGUUUCUUUACCACCGGCGCAAACAUGCUGGUAAAAGCGUGUAUUGUAUUUGGUUUGAGAAGAAAGGUGAAGAGUUUGAUAUGAACUAAAACAGUUUAUUAUAUGUAGUGCUAUAUGUAGUGCACCGAGACCUGUAUAUUGGGCAUUUUACUGUGGCCAUGCUAGAAGUAGAUUUCUUCUUGCACACAUCACAGAUUAAGAAGCUGGAGAAUAAGAUCUCACAGCUGUUCUAUCUCACUCUCUGAGAUAAGGAUGUUGCUUCUGCUUUCCUGUGAAAAACUGAAGGAGAGCCCUCCUUUCUUUUGAGGGGAACGAUUUGCUUCCCAGACUGUGUUUCUCCUGACAGUUUCUGAAACAGAAAAGAAACUGUACAAAAUCAAGCAGGCUAGUUUGCUCUUUGUUCUCAUUUUGGGAGGAGGAAGGGUACCUGCCUGCCCAGACACUGUAGGCCCUUGGGACAACACACUGUUGCAUCCAGGGAACCAAUGCCACACCAAUUGGUAGGGCACGUGUCAGACUUCUGUUGCAUUUAUUGUUUAUAUCUGCAUCCAUAUUACAAUGUUGUAUUCAAUAAACUAUGUCAUUCUUUUACACAA